ACCAUCAAUUUUUCUUUCCAUGGCUUGAACACAUAUUUACUCAACAGCGUGGUAAUUUUCAACUCCACGAGCAACAUUUCGAUAUAUGUCUAGUUGCAAAAUGUUUUCGUCCAUUGCGUACAAGCGACUGCCCAAAGAUGAGCAGCAGGGACUGGCGGAGGAGCAAGAUGUGACAGAUACUAGAUCUACUGUCGGAGUAAGACAGAUGUCCCUAAAUGCCUCGUUUUUCGUUGUCAUCUUGCUAGCCUCAAACUUGACUACUUGGUCCGUAUCUAAGAGACUAUCAACAACAAGUAAUGGUUCUGGCAAAUCGUCUCUUGAUAUUCCAACUGUAUUUGCCGGCUUGCAGCAAACAGUGACAGUAGCGCUUCAUGGACAUGAUCCGUACACUGAUCGCAAUGAUACAUUUCGUGACGAGCUGUGGCAGUCCAUCAACAUCGAUGAGGGCAUGAUCGCACUCCCGGACGAAAUCGCUGUUGAGAAGGGCCUGCCUUUGGCGCAAAGAUUUCCGUGGGAUCACGGCAAAGGCGUCUAUCUUCUUCAUGGCUAUCAUAAUCUACACUGUGUGCGAGCUAUAUACAUCGCCCUGAUGGAGUACAAAAAUAACUUACCCCAAACCCGCAAUUUUCGGCACAUAAUCCACUGCCUGGACUCACUCCGUCAAGAUGUUAUCUGCAACGCAAAUGAUACUCCGCGAGUCACCACUAACGACUCUAUUCCGGAGACAGGUCAGGGCCAAUACCGCCAGUGUCGUAGUUGGGAUGAAUUGUCUGCUUGGGCAAGGCAGUAUCCAGCUUGCUAUCGAUACAUUAAUGAAACACAGACUCCGCAGGAGUUUCCUCAAAUACAGCGCUUUGUCUGGUGUCCGGAAGGAUCACCGUAUCGGGCAGAAGUUGAGAAGGUGUUUGAGGUAGAUUAUGAUGUAUGAUUUCUCCGUUGUU